AUGGUGCAUAUACUGCGCCUGGCGUUUCCUUCUUUUCUAUUUUCCCGUUGUCUUUUCUUUCUUUCUCUCCUUUUUCUUACCUUUGAUUAUUUCCAUUUUAUUUCUUUUCAUUAUAUUUUCCUUUCUUUCUUUACUUUUCCUUUUCUUUUGCGGUUCUUCCACAUCCUUUCCUUUCUUUCCUUCUUUCUUCUUGUUUUUUUUCCUGUCUUUCCUUCUCAUUUUUUUUUCAUUUUCUCUCAUUUUCCUAUCCUUUUUUCUUUUUCUUUUUCCUUUCUUUUUUAUUUCUUUCUUUCCUUCUUUCUUCUUUUUGUUUUCCUUCCUGUCUUUCCUUUUCAUUUUCUUUUCUUUACUUUUCCUUUUCUUUUGCGGUUCUUCCACAUCCUUUCCUUUCUUUCCUUCUUUCUUCUUGUUUUCCUUCCUGUCUUUCCUUCUCAUUUUCUUUUUUAUUUUCUCUCAUUUUCCUAUCCUUUUUUCUUUUUCCUUUCCUUUUUCUUUCUUCUUUCUUUCUUUCUUCUUUUUGUUUUCCUUCCUGUCUUUACUUUUCAUUUUCUUUUUCAUUUUCUCUCAUUUUCCUAUCCGUUUUUUUUUCCUUUCCUUUUUCUUUCUUUCUUUCUUUCUUUCUUUCUUUCUUUCUUUCUUUCUUUCUUUCUUUCUUCUUUUUGUUUUCCUUCCUGUCUUUCCUUUUCAUUUUCUUUUUCAUUUUCUUUCAUUUUCCUAUCCUUUUUUCUUUUUCCUUUCCUAUUUUCUUUCUUUCUUUCUUUCUUUCUUUCUUUCUUUCUUCUUUUUGUUUUCCUUCCUGUCUUUCUUUCUCAUUUUCUUUUUUAUUUUCUCUCAUUUUCCUAUUCUUUCUUUCUUUCUUUCUUUCUUUCUUUCUUUCUUCUUUUUGUUUUCCUUCCUGUCUUUCCUUUUCAUUUUCUUUUUCAUUUUCUUUCAUUUCCCUAUUCUUUCUUUUUCUUUUUCCUUUCCUUUCUUUCUUUCUUUCUUUCUUUCUUUCUUUCUUUACAUUCCUUUCUUUUUUCCUUUUCCUUAACUUACGUUUUCUUUUCUUUCUUUCUUUUAAUUCUUUCUUUUAUUUCUUUCUUUUUUUUCCUUUCCUUUCAUUAUACUUUCCAUUCAAUCUUUCCUUUUCCUUUCCAUUCCUUUUCCUUUUUUCCUUUACUUACUUUCAUUUUUCUUUUCUUUUUCAUUUCAUUUUCUUUUCUUAAUUUCUUUCUUUCUGUCUUUCUUUCUUUUCAGAAUCCUUUCCCUUCUUUGUUUCCUUUUCUUUUCCUAUCUUUCCUUCUUAUAUCCUUUCGUUUUCCUUCCUUUCUUUCCUUUCCUUUCUUUCCAUUAUUUCUUUCUAUUUCCUUUCCUUUCAUCUACUUUCUUUCUUUUCUUUUCCUUUCAUUUCCUUUCCUUUUCUUUAAUUUUCAUCCUUUCCAAAAUACCAACACUUUUCAACUUUCAACGAGUGUGUUAAAUCUAACCGUUCGGACAAAACACAUCGUCGAUUUUUUCUUUCUUUCUUUCUUUCUUUCUUUCUUUCUUUCUUUCUUUCUUUCUUUCUUUCUUUCUCGGUCUUUGACUCUUCUUCUUUUUCUCGCAAUGCAUUUUCACUCUUUCAUCACAGAAUCUUCUUUAUUCUUCUAUCUUUAUCUAUUUGGAAAGGGAAAAUCAUCGACGCCGAAAAAAGAAGUUCAUAACUAUCUAUCUAUCUAUCUAUCUAUCUAUCUGAGCCUGUUCAUAUCUCUCUCUCUCUCUCUCUCUCUCUCUCUAUCUAUCUAUCUAUAUAUCUAUCUAUCUAUAUAUAUAUAUAUAUAUAUAUAUAUAUCAGUCUGUCAUCUAUCUAUCUAUCUAUCUAUCUAUUUCAGGCUAUUCAUAUCUAUCUAUCUAUCUGUCUGUCUAUCUAUCUAUCUAUCUAUCUAUCUAUCUAUAUCUAUCUCAGUCUGUUCAUAUCUAUCUGUCUAUCUAUCUAUCUCAGUCUAUUCAUAUCUAUCACAGUCUGUUUAUAUCUAUCUAUCUAUCUAUCUAUCUAUCUAUCUAUCUAUCUAUCUAUCUCAGUCUAUUCAUAUCUAUCUAUCUCAGCUAUUCAUAUCUAUCUAUCUGUCUGUCUAUCUAGCUAUCUAUCUAUCUCAGCCUGUUCUUAUCCCUCUGUCUAUCUAUCUAUCAAUCUGUCUUUGCAGCUCGUUCCUUUUAGGCUUCUCUAUUUUUCUCUCUUUUUAUCUUAACUCUCUUCUUUUUCUUCUUGUUUUCUUUAUCUUUCUAAAAAGAGCUAUACCCUUCUGCCUCACCUGCUAUCCUCUUUCUGCCUCACCUCCGCCAUCCUGCUAUCCUCUUCUCUCACCUGCUAUCCUCUUCCACCUCACCCUAGCCUCCUGUCUUCACCUGCUAUCCUCUUCCGCUUCACCUGUUAUCUUCUUCCGCCUCUUCUGGCCUCACCUGCUACCUGCCCUCACCUUUGCAUCAUCCCUCUUCCGCCUCACCUACAUCCUCUUCCGUCUCACCUGCUAUCCCUUUUUGUCUCACCUGCUAUCCUCUUCCGCCUCACCACAUAUCCUCUUCCGGCUUCACCUGUUAUCCUUCCGCCUCACCUUGCCAUCUUCUUCUGCCCCACCUGCUAUCCUCUUCUGCCCUCACCUGUUAUCCUCUUCCGCCUCACCUGCACAUUCUUCCGCCUCACCUGCCAUCCCCUUCCGCCUCACCCUCAUUUUGUCUCACCUGUUAUCCCUCUUCCGCCUCACCCCUCCUCCUUCCGCUUCACCUUUCUCUUCCGCCUCAUCUGCUAUCUUCUUCUGCUCACCAUCCCUUCUGCCCACCUACAUCCCUUCCGCCUCACCUGCUAUCCUCUUUGUCUCUCACCUGCUGCCAUCCUUCCUUUGCCCCACCCUCAUCCCUCUUUGCCUCUGCUAUCCUCUUUUGUCUCACCUCCUAUCCUCCCUUCCGCCUCACCACAUCCCUUCCGCCUCACCUGCAUAUCCCUCUUCUGCCUCACCUGCUAUCCUCUUCCGCCUCACCUGCUAUCCUCUUCCGCCUCACCUGCUAUCCUCUUUUGUCUCACCUACUAUCCUCUUCCGCUAUCUUUGA